ACACUUCGCAUAUUUUUGUUGAUGUUUUUUUAUAUAAGUUCAUUUAACUUUUAAACUAAAAUGAGUAUUAUCACUCGUCGUUUCAUUACAAUAAGCAAAAAUCAAAUUUUCUUUUUAACAAAUAAUUAUUUCAAUACUGUCGUUACCCAAAAACCAAUUACUCAGUCUUCAACGCAACCAGUGAAAACAUUACUCACCUCAUCAAAAUGUUCACAUCAAAGAUUUGUUUUCCAAUCAUCAAAUGAAAAAAAAUGCUGGAACUGCAAGGCCGAAAUAAAAAAAAUAAGUAAUUUUAUCUGUGAUAAAUGCCGAAAGUUACAGGACAUCAGCGAAGAAUCUGACUUCUUUGAACUUUUGUCACUCCCUCGUGAUUUUGAUAUUCCUUCAACAAAGUUGACAAAGAUUUUUCGCCAGCUUCAGACCUUGGUUCAUCCUGACAAAUUCGGAAACAAAACCGAACGAGAACAAGCUAAUUCUGCAGAAUGGAGUGCCCUCAUAAAUAAAGCCUACAAAACUCUUUCACACCCUCUUGUCCGAGGACAAUAUCUAUUAAAACUACAUGGUGUAGAAAUGCCCCACGACAACAGCGCUCUAAAUAAGGAGUUCUUGUUAGAAAUGAUGGAAAAAAACGAAGAAGUCGACGAAGCCGUGUCCAUAGAAGAUCUUAAUUCUAUAAAUGAAAAAAUUCAGGAAGAAAUAGAUUCUGAAAUCGGCAAACUCAAGGCAUUGUUUGCAUCGAAUGAUUUAAAUGGCGCAAAAGCCGUUCUUGUUAAAAUGAAAUACUUGAUGAGUAUUCAGAGCAGUAUACAAGCAAAAUUAGAGAAACUCGUGAAUGGAUGAAAAGGAAACAGAGAAUAGAUAAAUCUUUCAAUGUGAUAUAAACCCUAUGAGAGUGUUAAGAAUAAAGUUUUACAAAUGAUA